CGGCCGGCGGGAGGCGGGGCUUGCGGCAGGGACCGGGACAGGGAGCUGGGAACGCUGGUGGGUACGGGGAGGCACCGGGCAGGGGGGACUCGGAGGGACGGGGACACACCGGGACACACCGGGACACACCGGGACACACCGGGACACACGGGGUGCCCCCAGAGCCAUGAGGACCCUCCUGCUGCUGUGGGUGGCCCUGGCCGGCGCAGGGGCCCAGCUGCCCUGUCCUCAUGGGGGACCCUGCCCUGUCACCCCGGCCCUGCCUGCCCGCAGUGCAAUGGGGUGCCAGGACAGCUCAUCCUGCCCUCCCAUCAGCUGCCAGCUGCCAGAGAGUGUCCCCUGCGCUGGGGGCCACCGCUGCUGUCCCCGAGGGUCCCACUGCAGCGCUGAUGGGCAGUCCUGUGUCACAGACCUGGCCCCCCGGGCUGUCCCCUGUCCUGAUGGCCAGUCCGAGUGUCCCGAUGAUGCCACGUGCUGUGUGACAAGCAGCGGCGCCUGGGGGUGCUGCCCCAUGCCCCAGGCCUCGUGCUGUGCUGACAAGGUGCACUGCUGUCCCCAUGCCACCAUCUGCGACCUGACCCACGGGCGCUGUGUGUCCCCCACCGGUGACACUGACGUCCCCCUGAGCACAGCCUUCCCCGCCUGGAAGCGCCAGCCCCCCACCCCAGUCGCACUGCGCCAGGUGCUGUGUCCCGACGGCCGCUCAGCGUGUCCCGACGGGGCGACCUGCUGCCAGCUCUCCCCAACGCAGUACGGCUGCUGUCCCCUGCAGAACGCUGUGUGCUGCGGUGACGGGCAGCACUGCUGUCCCCAGGGCACCACCUGUGACCUGAUCCACUCCACCUGCACCUCCCUGGGGGCCUCUGCUCCCCUGGCAGCACUGCCUACAGCGCAUGAUGUCAAGUGUGACGAGAAGACGAGCUGUCCCAACGGGAACACCUGCUGCCGGCUCAUCUCAGGGGCCUGGGGGUGCUGCCCCCUCGAGCAGGCUGUCUGCUGCCCUGACCACGUGCACUGCUGCCCCCAGGGCUACACCUGUGACCCCGAGGGGGGCAGCUGCCUGCAGGACGGGGGCACCCACCAGCCCUGGGUGCGCAAGACCCCGGCGCUGCCCCGGGGGGGACAGGUGACAUCAGGGGUUGUCAUUUGUGAUGAAGAGACGAGCUGUCCUGAUGGGAGCACGUGCUGCCGGAUGAGCCUGGGCACCUGGGGGUGCUGCCCCCUCGAGAAGGCUGUCUGCUGCCCCGACCACGUGCACUGCUGCCCCCAGGGCUACACCUGCGACCCCGAGGGGGGCAGCUGCCUGCAGGACGGGGGCACCCACCGGCCCUGGGUGCGCAAGACCCCGGCGCUGCCCCGGGGGGGACAGGUGACACUGAGGGAUGUCAAAUGUGAUGAGAAGACGAGCUGUCCUGAUGGGAGCACAUGCUGCCGGCUGAGCCUGGGCACCUGGGGGUGCUGCCCCCUCGAGCAGGCCGUUUGCUGUGGGGACCACCAGCACUGCUGCCCCCGGGGCUACACCUGCAACGUGGCCACUGAGAGCUGUGAGAAGCUGCUGGCACCCACCCCGCUCCUGCCAACGCCCUCAGGCCCCCGCCAGACCCCUUCAGCCCCCCGCCGGGCAGCCCCCGCCCCACUGCGAGCCACUGGCACCCACCCGGGUGGCCUCGUGCCCUGCGGUGCCACUGGCUUCUGCCACGGGGGCCAGCGGUGCUGCCAGGCCCGGGGAGGCUCCUGGGGGUGCUGCCCCUUUGCCCAGGGCACCUGCUGCUCCGAUGGCCGCCACUGCUGCCCCGCGGGGUCCCGCUGCACCAGGGGGGGCUGGGGGUGCAGCCCCCAGCGCUGGGACCUGCUCUGAUGUCACUGGGAACACCGCCACCACCAGCAGCCCUCGAGUGCCACCACCCCAAUAAACAGUUUCUUAGGAGAAA